AUGCUCCGCGGGCCCCGUCGCGUCCCGGGCGUGCCCAGUCGCCUCCUCGGCGUCGUCGUAGCACCCGCCGCGGCCCUGGCUGUGGCGCUGCUCUCGGCGCUCUCGGGCUGCUCCCUCCUGGAGCGGGAGGCUUCCGUGGUCUCGGCGCUCAGCCCCUACUUCGGCACCAAGACCCGCUACGAGGAUGCCAACCCCGGGCUGCCGCCGGACCCCGAGGCGCCGCGACGGGACCCGCAGCUGCUGGAGGACACCUGCACCCCCGUGCAGCUGGUCGCCCUCAUCCGCCACGGCACCCGCUACCCCACGGCCAAGCAGAUCCGCAAGCUGCGCCAGCUGCACGACCUGCUGCAGGCGCCUGGGCCCGGGGACAGCAGGCCUGGCGCUGCAGCCGGCCGCAGCCUGGGCGCCGUGCUGGCCGACUGGCCGCUGUGGUACGCGGACUGGAUGGACGGGCAGCUGGUGGAGAAGGGAUGGCAGGACAUGAGACAGCUGGCGCUUCGCCUGGCCUCGCUCUUCCCGGCCCUUUUCAGCCGCGAGAACUACAGCCGCCUGCAGCUCAUCACCAGCUCCAAGCACCGCUGUGUGGACAGCGGCGCCGCCUUCCUUCAGGGGCUGUGGCAGCACUACCACCCCGGGUUGCCGCCGCCCGACGUCGCAGAUAUGGAGUGUGGACCUCCAAGAAUUAAUGAUAAACUAAUGAGGUUCUUUGAUCAUUGUGAGAAAUUUUUAACUGAUGUGGAAAAGAAUGCUACGGCUCUUUAUCAUGUAGAAGCCUUUAAAACUGGACCAGAAAUGCAGAACAUUUUAAAUAAAGUUGCAGCUACUUUGCAAGUACCAGUCAGCAAUUUAAAUGCAGAUUUAAUUCAGGUAGCUUUCUUUACCUGUUCAUUUGAUCUGGCAAUUAAAGGUAUUAAGUCUCCUUGGUGUGAUGUUUUUGACAUAGAUGACGCAAAGGUAUUGGAAUAUUUAAAUGAUCUGAAACAGUAUUGGAAAAGAGGAUAUGGGUAUACUAUUAAUAGUCGAUCCAGCUGUACCCUGUUUCAGGAUAUCUUUCAGCACAUGGACAAAGCAGUUGAGCAGAAACAAAGGUCUCAGCCAAUUUCUUCUCCAGUCAUUCUCCAGUUUGGUCAUGCAGAGACCCUUCUUCCACUACUUUCUCAUGGCUACUUCAAAGACAAGGAGCCCCUAACAGCUUACAAUUACAAGGAACAAAUGCAUCGAAAGUUCCGAAGUGGUCAUAUUGUGCCCUAUGCCUCCAACCUAAUAUUUGUUCUUUAUCAUUGUAAAAAUGCUAAGAAUCCUAAAGAAGAAUUCCAAGUUCAGAUGUUACUGAAUGAAAAAGUAUUACCAUUGGCUCACUCACAAGAAACUGUUUCUUUAUACGAAGAUCUGAAGACCCACUACAAGGACAUCCUUCAGAGUUGUCACUCGAGUGAAGAAUGUCGAUUACCAAAGGUGAACAAUACAUCUGAUGAGCUAUAAGUAACUGGAAAACAUUUUUAAUUUAUCAGGAAUCUAUGGGGGAUUUAUUACAUGCGUGAAAUAAGUGGAUAAGAGAGCUUUCAUAUUUCUUGGGUAUUUCUCUUUUCACAGAAAAAUGUUGACUUUUAUUUUGGGUCUGGACGUGGACAUGUAAGAAAUGAUUCUUUUUUGGAGCAGCACUCUCAACCAUUCACAGAAAUUGGUGGCACUGCAAAUGUUUACAGAAAUUAAAUUCUUCUAAUUUAUAUAAGAAAUCUCACACGAGACAAAGAAUAUGAUUUUAUUAUGAUACUGGAAAGUGCUGGAGUCACAAACAUGGACAAUUCACAGCUUGAUUGAACUGAGUCUUAGAACUUUGCCAGUUGUGCUGCAGUACUAUUUCUUUCCUCAGGUAGUGCACGCCUCGUAUGGUUUUUUUCUUAAUCAGAAAUACUGUGAUACGCUACGAAAGUAUCACUUUGGAAGAAAGCGAAUACCUCUCCAGUUGAGUAUUUGAAUCAAUGUUUAAAAACAAAGACUGAUUUUAAAGGACUCCAUCACUGAACAGAAAGUAUAAUAAAAUAAAUAUUUUUACUAAUGGUAUUUAUAAAUUAUUUGAAUGCUUUUUGAAAAUUCCUUUAAACUUCCUGCUAAGUCUUACAAGGCCAUUCUUUAUUACCAUACUUGUUUUACAUAUGUAACAGUGGAAGGACAAAGAAGGCAAGAAGUCAGGUGGAUUUAAAGUUGCUUAAAUCCAUUACUUAGCCAUUUUUCCAUUGUCACUUUGCUUCAUUCUUUUAUAUUUUGUUAUUAUGUGAAAUGUAUCUUUGGUGGUUUAAUUUCUUUCUCCUUUUUUUUUUGAAAUAAAGACUUAAUCCUGUGUGGCUUAAUUUUACGUGUAUUAACUCAUUUCAUGAUGCCAUAAAAGUGUUUGCUAUAAUAAAAUAGAA